AUGCGCCUGUACAUCAAGAUCCUCUUUGCGGUAGCCGCCGUUUUUGCCAGCAGCGACACCGCGUCCGCAGCAACGACGACCAAGGUGGUGCAGACGGCCUCCGUCGAAUCAGCCAAUGAAGCUCACACCGACAACAAUGGUACGCGUUUCUUGAGGAAGCGAGCCGUUGACAAUAGCGACGACCUGUGCACCGAAGAGAGGGGACCGCUUACUGAUGUCCUGAAGAAAGCGACGGCACGGUUCAGCCCACGGCAGAAGGCGUUGAAAUUGUUGAAGGAAGACGCCGAUGACCUAGUGGCACAGGGUGUUCAGCUCGAUGCAAUCAAGAACAUUGUGGCGAAAGCGAAGAAAGGUGCUACAAAGGAAGAGAUGGCGAGACUCGAUGCGUUCGCCAAAAAGUUCGAGGACGAAUGGUACAGGAACGGCAAGUGGUAA